AUGCUUCACUUGUUGAGUAGCCUUUUCAAAGUCUACGGACUCUAUAACUGGUAUCAGAUUUGGAUUGCCAAAUAUUUGGAGAAGGCAAAUAUUGAUCGAUAUAUGAGUGGACAACUACUGAAAUGUUUAUUAGGAUUGGUAGUAUCUACUCUCUAUUUAGCAUGGAUUCGAAAAGAGAAUUACAUGGGACUCGACAUUUCCGACACGAACUUUUUCUCCCGAUUGUGUCAUGUUCAUGAUCCUUUUUUUAAUAAUUUAUUCGGAACAAAACCAAGUCCUCAAAUACUUUCAAAUGUCAUACAUAUGACUUGGAUGGAUUGGUUUAAUUGUGCUACAUUGGGAUAUUUCGGAAUGUGGUUGAAAGGUCAUUUUGAGAGUAUCUUUAGUUUUCCUUUCUUGUUUUCACUUGUUCCUUUUGAAAUGUAUUUACUGUACGAUUUGAUUUCUAGUGGAAUGCAUUGGCAUGUGAAUGGAAUUAUGUACUAUUUAUUGUGGGCCCUAGUAUUGUAUCAUUUAUGGCACAAAAUUAGAUAUCCAAAAUCUAAUAACACUGGAAAACCAAUGGGCACAUCAAUGUUUCUAAUGCUUUCAGCAUUUGCUGCUGCUCUUGCGCUGGACUUUUGGUUUGAGAUUGGCUUGUUCAAUAGAAUAUUUGGUCCUGGUAUAUUUGAACAGAAGGACGAUCAAAAAUCACAACAACAACACAAUUUUCCACCCUUCAUGCCACAAGAAUCACAAGAAAAUCCAGAUAAGUUUAGAAGAAUGGCAAACUUCUUACGAGAAGAGAGUUAUUGGCAAAAGCAACAACAAUUACACUCUAAGGGCUCUCGCAUAAUGAACAUGAAUAGAUUUCAGGAAAUUUCAGAUAGCAGUGACGAUGAGGAUGAACCUCCAGUUUUAGAAGACAUUUCUGAGGGUGAGAUUUCUGUAGAAUAA